GUGUAAACUAGUGCUCAGUGGUCCUCAUGGUGUGGAACUAUGUUUUGUAAAUGUUUCACUGGGGAAAUCCUUUUCUGCAACACUGGAGUGGGCUAGAAGAUGGCAGACUGUCAGGGAGAUGGGUCGCCUGAUCUGACCCCCAUGGAACUUUACGAGAAGCUCAAUGCACAAGGAGAGAAAGUCCGAGGCCUUAAGUCAGAGAAGGCUGCAAAGACCGAGAUCGAUGCUGCUGUACAGUUGCUGCUGAAGCUGAAAAUAGAUUACAAAAGAAUCACAGGUCAGGAUUACAAGGCUGGUUGUCCACCGACUGACAUCGUCGUUUCAAAUAGUAAUGGACCAGCUGUAGAGGAUGGGAAUGAUCAAGUGGACCCCUGGAACGUCUCUACCACCAGUGCCAAAGGAGUAGACUACGACAAGCUCAUUGUGAGAUUUGGCAGCAAUAAGAUUGACCAACAAUUGAUUGACAGAAUUGGCAGACUCACUGGUCAGAUACCUCACCGUUUCCUCCGCCGAGGAGUCUUCUUCUCACAUAGAGACAUGCAUCAAGUCUUAGAUGUCUACGAGAGCAAGAAGUCAUUCUUUCUUUACACAGGCAGAGGGCCUUCAUCACAAGCCAUGCAUGUCGGCCAUCUUAUCCCCUUUAUCUUCACCAAAUGGCUUCAGGACAUGUUUGAUGUACCUCUGGUCAUUCAGUUGACUGACGAUGAGAAAUAUCUGUGGAAGGAUCUGACACAGGAGGAGUGUCAUCGUUAUGCGGUGGAGAAUGCUAAAGACAUAAUUGCUUGUGGAUUUGAUGUCAACAAGACAUUCAUCUUUUCUGACCUAGACUAUUUGGGCACGAGUCCAUCAUUCUAUAGAAAUGUAGUGAAAAUACAGAAACAUGUAACAUUUAACCAAGUUAAAGGCAUCUUUGGAUUCACAGACAGCGACUGCAUUGGAAAGAUCAGUUUCCCUGCAAUACAAGCAGCCCCUUGCUUCAGCAGUUCAUUCCCACAGAUCUUCAAUGACAGAAAAGAUUUGCAGUGUCUUAUCCCCUGUGCAAUUGACCAGGACCCCUAUUUCCGUAUGACUCGAGACGUAGCUCCUCGAAUAGGGUACCCCAAACCUGCUCUGCUACACUCCACCUUUUUCCCUGCUUUGCAAGGAGCUCAGACCAAGAUGAGUGCCAGCGAUCCUAACUCCUCCAUCUUCCUGACAGACACACCCAAACAGAUCAAAAACAAGAUCAAUAAGCACGCAUUCUCUGGUGGAAAAGACACUAUAGAGGAACACAGGAAGUAUGGAGGAAACCCAGAUGUAGAUGUGUCAUUCAUGUACCUGACCUUCUUCCUUGAGGACGAUGAGGAGCUGGAGAAAAUUAGACAGGAUUAUACCAGUGGAGCACUUCUGACCGGUGAACUGAAGAAGCGUCUAAUUGAGACCCUUCAGCCUCUGAUUGCAGACCACCAAAACAGACGCAAGCAAGUUACAGAUGAGACUGUCAUGCAGUUUAUGACCCCACGAAAGCUAGACUUCCACUUCUAGUUUAAAUGAAAGAAAGAAGUGGGAAAUGGCCACAAUUCAUAAACCUCAAGGACCAGUGACAGUCAUGCCCUGUUGAUCAAAGAAAAUACGAGAUAAAAGUCAGUCUAAAAGCACUUCAACUGGUUUAUAUAUAAUGAUGUUGUUCAACAUGUCAAAUAAAACAAGUGAAUAACAUCACUUGUCAUGGUAUCUAACCAGUUUACUAAGGAUGAACUGACAAACAAGUGUCUUAACAAAAUAGACUUGUGUGUGUGAUGUUAUGAAUUUUUUUUUCCAGUUUUUAACACAGUUAAACUUUUACCUGACUAUUAACACUAUCCACUUAAUACAUUUAUCUAAAAUGUGCAAGAGCUCACAUUCAUAUGUUUAGAGCUUGCAUAAAAACGUAUAAAUCAGUUAGCAAAAUAAUGAGUUACUGUAAAUUGUCAGCUCUUGUGAUGUUUCUAAAGCAGCUUUUGAAUGUCACUCCAGGCCUGUCUCCAAUAAAAUACUUGAAAAUGGC